AUGACGGAUUUGCACAUCGCACUAAAGGCCGAAGCCAAACGGAUUGGGCUGGUCAGCAAUAUAUCGAAGACGAAGUACAAGAAAGAAAGGGCCUCACGAGAAGAAAGUGCUAACCUUCCACCUCGAGAAAUCGAAGUAGUCGACAAGUUCGUGUACCUGGGCUCACUGGCGUGGUCACAUCGAAAGCGAAUCGCAAGUGUGCCGAUUGUUGCCGGUGGUCAACCGAAAUGCGGUCGGAUGCUGCCCGGGGGGCUAGUUUUUUUUCCGCCUGGUAGUCGAUUCUUCCACCGCGAAGAGGAAGAGACAAAGCGGGAGGAAAGAAACAAUCAGUUGAAUGGGCGGCCGUUGAGGCGCGCCGUAAAUCUCCGUUGCAACACGUCUGGACGUGGUAAAGACGGCCAAGUUAAGGGAAAGGCAAAGUCCCGUUUGUCUCGAGCUGGUCUGCAGUUCCCGGUAGGACGUAUCCACCGUCUGCUGCGGAAAGGAAACUAUGCCGAACGAGUUGGUGCUGGUGCUCCCAUGUGUUUGGCAGCAGUAAUGGAAUAUUUGGCUGCUGAAGUUUUGGAAUUGGCAGGAAAUGCAGCUCGUGACAACAAGGAGACCCGUAUCAUCCCGCGUCACCUGCAGUUGGCCAUCCGUUACGACGAGAAGUUGAACAAACUUUUGUCCGGUGUUACCAUUGCCCAAGGAGGCGUCUUGCCGAACAUUCAAGCCGUACUGCUACCAAAGAAGACCGAAAAGAAGGCUUAAAUUUCAUAUUGACCCCGCUAUAAAGAAAAAAUCCGUCCUUUUCAGGACGACCAACCACUUCAAAGAGGAGUUAAAGCAUUUAUUUAGUACCUUUUCUGUAUUUAUUUACCAUACAAAAUUAUUCCUGUAGAAGGGGGGAUUCUUGUCAUUACCAAUUUUACAAAGAAAU